UUACAGAGGAAUUUUCGCGAACCGGCUUGUUAUUUCCAUUCUAAAUUUUUGACCAAAUUUUCCAUAUUUUUACUCAGGAAUUCAAUUUCCAAUCAUCAUAUCAUCAGUUUAUAACCAUUUUCCAUCAUUGAUAUGAUGGUCGUCCAAAGUGGUAGAUUGUUUUUUCAAUUUUUCAAUUUACAAAACAAUUCUUAUGUGACGUGUACAAAAUAUCAAAAAAAUCUUGUCAAAUUUAUUACACUUUUAUCACUCAUUUUGUUAAUAAUUUUAUUCGAAUGUCAUCAUAUCAAUGCCUAUCUACAUCAAAAAGAUGAAAAAAUUCUAGAUUCUUGCCAAAGAUGUAAAUUAUUGGUUAAAUCUUUCAAAGAGGGUCUGAAACGAACGGCUCGCGGAAAACAUGAAGGUGGUGAUGCUUAUUGGGAGGAAAGUAAAUUGAACAAUUAUGCUGAUAGUGAAAUACGAUUGACUGAAAUACAAGAAAAUCUUUGCAAUGAUGUCAAAUUGGGCAAAGAUCAGUGCCAUAGUUUUGCUGAACAAUAUGAAAGUGAAAUUGAAGAUUGGUUUUUAAAGAAUCGUAAACAAGAACGGCAAGAUCAUUUGGAAGAGGGUAUCACAUUAUUUGAAUAUCUAUGCAAUCAACUUAGUCAGGCUUGUUGUCCAGAUGGACAUUUUGGUGCCGAUUGUCAACCGUGUCAUGGCUAUCCGGAUAAUGUUUGUUAUAAUCGUGGAUAUUGUUCUGGUAAUGGUACACGAAAAGGCCAAGGAAAAUGUAUCUGUCUUGGUGGAUUCGAUGGCGAAUUUUGUGAAAAAUGUUCGCCAAAUUAUUUGGCUAUUGGCAUUAUUGAAAUGAAUUUUGAGAAAAAAAUUCCAAACAUUCCUGAACAAUGCAUUCGUUGUGAUCAAUCCUGUGCCUCAUCAUGUCAUUCACUUGGACCACAAGGUUGUCAUGUUUGUCGUACUGGAUAUUUUCGUGAUAAUGAUAAAGGAUGUAUCGAUAUCGAUGAAUGUAAUGUAUCGGAUGUUGAAUUGAAUCCAUGUAAAUUUCAAACAUAUUGUGUCAAUACACAAGGCUCAUAUAGAUGUUAUCCUUGUCACGAAUCAUGUGAAGGUUGCACUGGACAUGGAUCGAAUUCGGUAAUGAAAAAGGUUUUCAUCUGGAUCUUGAUUUUCAUUUUAAUUUUUAUUUCUUUAUUUUACAAAAUUACGAUAAUAUUUUAGUGUAUCCAAUGUUCAUCCAGUUAUAAACGAUCGACAAUUAGUAAUGAUUGUAUCCGAAAUGAUGAAUACAUUAUAUGGCAAUUAUGGAAACGA